AUGUACGAGAUAUAUGCGGCGGGCGCCGCGGCAGCAUUUACCGUAGACUGCCUGGUCUACCCUCUCGACACGCUCAAAACACGGUACCAGAGCCAAGACUUUGUAAAGACAUAUGCAUCAUCACCAGGAAGCAAAGCGCCGCUCUUCCGCGGCCUCUACCAAGGUAUCGGGAGCGUGGUCCUCGCAACAUUACCAGCAGCCGGCAUCUUCUUCGCGACGUACGAGAGCAUGAAAAGAACUAUAUCCAGUACGGUUUCAGUCCCGCAACCCCUGGUUCACGCCUCGGCUUCGGCCGUCGCGGAGAUGGGAUCAUGCCUGGUCCUCGCGCCGGCCGAAGUCAUCAAGCAGAACGCGCAGAUGCUACGCCGACAGCAAUCCGGAGACUCCAAUGGCGGCGGUCGGCGAUCGACGUCCCUCGAGGCACUCCGUCAAGUCACCGGCUCCGGGGCGCAGAGGAGGUUGUGGUCAGGGUAUGCGGCGCUGGUGGCGCGCAACCUGCCUUUCACGGCGAUCCAAUUCCCAAUCUUCGAGCACGUGCGGACGUCGGUGUGGGAUUCGAGGUCGAGAGGGCGGACAGAAGGCGAGGAGCAGGGCCUCCUGGAGACGGCAGUGGUCACGGGUUCAAGUGCUGGGGCUGCCGGCGCGUUUGCGGCGUGGAUCACGACGCCGAGCGACGUUGUCAAGACGCGGAUGAUGUUGAGUGCGGGCGAGGGCGACUCAUCGCAACAAUCUGGAAAAACAUCACAAGCGCAGAAAGGUCGAGGGAGCUUGGAGGUGACGCGGGACGUUUACCGGCAGCAUGGUGUGCGUGGGCUCUUCCGUGGAGGGCUGUUACGGGCCGUCUGGACGGCGCUGGGAAGUGGUCUCUACCUUGGGACGUACGAAAUGUCAAAAGUCUGGCUCACGCGCGGUAAGGACGAAUCGGAGGUCGUCGGAGGACUGUGA